AUGCUGGCUGUGGUGUUGCUCGUCAGCGCACUUCUGGUGUCCGAUGGCAUGGCAUGCGCAGGCCAUGGGAAUUACCAUGCUAUGGGUACUAAGCGUCAGGCCAAUCCGCCACCCCCUCCUCAAGCAGCCGACUGGGCGUAUGAAGCGUCAUUCAAUUGGGGCCGUAUUAAUCCAAACUACAGUCUUUGCCAGACAGGCACGCAGCAGUCCCCCAUUGCACUGAGCCUCAACAACGGUCUGGCUUUAAGCCAUAUUAUCAAGUUCAAUUACCCAAACAAGACUGCCGGCAACUUUUACAAUUGGAAUUAUGGCCCUGCCUUUACCGUUACGCAUGCCGAGAAUGUGUAUACCGAUAACCCAUCUUUCACCUAUGACGAUAUGACAGUCUACCUGAAAGGCUGGCACAUCCACUCGCCAGCUGAUCACACCGUAAACGGACAGCGGUCCAAAGCUGAGUUGCAUCUUGUACACGUCGACAAAGAGGGUCAUGAAAAGGCCGUCUUGGCUAUUCGGCUUGACCCCGGCAAUGCGAACAGCACCUUCUUCAAUCAGCUUCCUCGGAUGAUUGGCUUCAACGAGUCGGGCACUCAACAGGAAAUCGAGGUAGAUCACAUGCCGGCACUCAACAGUGUGCUGCAGUUCAAUGAGUUUUGGACCUACCAGGGCAGUCUGACAAGCCCGCCCUGUCACGAGGGUAUCCGCUGGUUUGUGGCCCGUCAGGUCAUGUUCACUGGCGUUGAGCAAAUGAGAGCUAUCCUCGGCGCAAGCACUUACAGUGCAAGGGCCGAACAGGAAGUUUGGCAGCAUCGGAUCAAUGAGUAA